AUGGCAGACGAGGACCUUAUUUUUCGUAUGGAAGGCAUUGAUAAUGCUGGAUCGACUGCAGCCAGCUCUGGGAAUUACCUGGAUGCAGAUAGUGAUGAUGAAGACCAUUAUUUUAUCUGUCCAAUAACUGAUGAUCCAGUGUCUAACAAGUCUGCCAAUAUCAAAGUAGACAAUUAUUAUAGCAACUUAGCAAAAAGUGAGCAGUACAGUUCAAGCUCUUCUCCUAGAAGCUUUAGCUUUAAGGAAACAUGGAAACAUGCUAUUGAGAAAGCUAAACACAUGCCUGAUCCGUGGGCAGAAUUUCACCUGGAGGACGUUGAGACAGAACACGCCACUCGUUACAGGUACAAUGCAGUUACUGGGGACUGGGUUGAAGACGAAGUCCUCAUCAAGAUGGCUUCACAACCUUUUGGCCGUGGAGCAAUGCGAGAGUGUUUCAGAACGAAAAAACUGUCCAACUUCUUACACACACAGAACUGGAAAGGUGCCUAUAACUAUGUUGCUAAGCUGUACAUAGAGAGUGUGAGCAGGGAGGUGUAUUUUGAGGAUGUUCGACUGCAGAUGGAAGCAAAACUCUGGGGAGAAGAGUACAAUCGGCAUAAGCCACCAAAGCAGGUGGAUAUAGUACAGACCUGUAUUAUUGAAAUGAAGAACAGACCUGGAAAGCCUCUCUUCCAUCUGGAACAUUACAUUGAGGGCAAAUACAUCAAAUACAACUCAAAUUCUGGAUUUGUGCGAGAUGAUGACAUUCGUCUUACCCCUCAAACCUUUAGUCACUUCACCUUUGAGCGCUCAGGACACCAGCUCAUCAUUGUUGAUAUCCAGGGAGUUGGAGAUCUUUACACAGACCCUCAGAUCCAUACAGAGAAUGGCACAGAUUUUGGAGAUGGCAAUCUAGGUGUUCGAGGUAUGGCCUUGUUCUUCCACUCUCAUUUCUGCAACAAGAUCUGCAAAAGCAUGGGCCUUGCACCAUUUGAUCUUUCACCCAAAGAGAAAGAUGCCUUGGAUUAUAAUAAAAAAUUGCUUGAAUCUGCUCAAACAAUUCUCCGUGGCACAGAGGAGAAAUGUGGCAGCAGCCGGGUGAGAACGCUGUCUGGCAGUCGGCCGCCCCUGCUCUUCCGCCUGUCUGAGAACUCUGGGGAUGAAAGCAUGAGUGAUGUGGCCUUUGACUCCCUCCCCUGCUCUCCUUCCUCAGCAACCCCUCACAGCCACAAGGUGGACAUGCUUAAUUGGCCUGUGUUCAGUGAAGUAGAUAACUUGGUUCACAGAGACUAUGACCAGCUUGACAACCAAAGGGAUUUUGAAAAUGGUGGAGACAGUGGAUAUCCCAGUGAGAAGAGAAGUGAGAUGGAAGAUCUGGAUCACAGAGAGAGGGGCCAUUCAAACAACAACCGGAGACACGAGUCUGAUGAAGACAGUUUGGGAAGCUCUGCAAGGAUCAGUGUGGAGAAAUGGAUUCUCUACAACCCUUCCAGAGUCCAUAUCCACAGACCAUCCUGUGUUGCCCAAGAAAUUCAGAGGCUCAAUGCACUAGAAAUUGAAAAGAAAAUUGGGAAGUCAGUCCUUGGAAAGGUUCACUUGGCCCUGGUUCGCUAUCACGAGGGUGGACGUUUCUGCGAGAAGGACCAGGAGUGGGAUCGGGAGUCAGCCCUGUUUCACCUGGAGCGUGCUGCAGACUGUGGGGAGCUGGAGGCCAUUGCUGGCUUAGGACUCAUGUGCUCUCAGCUGCCACAUCACAUUCUGUCUGAGGUCACUCUGCAGGACACAAAGGAAAACAGAAACAAAGGAUUCAAUUACUUGCUGAGGGCAGCAGAAGCUGGAGACAGGCCUUCCAUGAUCCUGGUAGCAAGAGCAUAUGAUACAGGUCUAAACCUUGGUGCAGACAGAGCCCAGAACUGGAAGGAGGCACUGCACUGGUACAACGCUGCGCUGAACAUGACUGACUACGACGAGGGAGGCGAAUACGAUGGCACUCAGGAUGAGCCCCGGUACCUGCUGCUGGCCAGGGAAGCAGAGAUGUUAAUGACAGGAGGGUUCCACUUGGAUAAGGAUCCACAGAGAUCGGGUGAGCUGUACACAGAGGCAGCAGAGGCAGCGAUGGAAGCCAUGAAGGGCAGACUGGCAAAUCAGUACUACCAAAAAGCAGAAGAGGCUUGGGCAGUGAUGGAAGAAUGA